AUGGUGACACUGGAAAGACAGAUGACGACUAGGAACAGACUAGUACCAAGGUGCCGACCUGAGGACAUACAACGGCAGCGCACAGGAAGAAAACCUGAUGAGACGCAGGAGGUUCCCAGCCAGGAGUCACACCAUAGUGCUGAGGACCUUUUCGCUGUUGUGCCUUCGCAGGAAGACACCAUGAAUUCAUCUGAGGGAGAGGCAAACCAGGGGGUUCAGGAAGGCAAUAUCCACAUAGAGAGAAGGCAGCGGGUUAAAUGGCCAAAGAUGGACGACAGAAAGUUAUGGAAACAACUGGAUGAAGACCUAGAUGGUAUAUUAGAAGCGACGCUACAAGGAGGGGUGGAGAAGAUCAUUUCACUUACGACCAUUGUUUACACUGUCAGCUGUGAGAGAUUUGGUGUUCAAGAAUGGAAAAGAGCAGAGGUGGUCCACCAACCUAGUAGGAGACAACAGGAAGUGGCAAAACUCCGGAAGGAGUUAAAGGUAUUGAGGAAACAGUACAGGAAAGCGAGUGAGCUUGAAAGAUACGGACUGCAGCAGCUAAGAUAUGACAUCAGAACAAAGCUAACAACACUACAGAAGGCUGAAAGAUCAAGGGAGAGCAGAAGGGUUACGGCAAAGAAAAGGGCAGCGUUCAUUGCCAACCCCUACAAGUUUACAUCCUCACUUUUGGGGGGAGAGAGAUCUGGCAGAUUAGAAGCCUCGAAGGAAGAGAUAGAACAACAUCUGAGGGAGACACACUCUGAUGCUGGUAAGAACAAGCCUCUUGGAGAGUGUGAGAGAAUACCAUUGGAGGAUGAGCCUACAUUCCAGUUAGACGAGAAAGAACCAACCUGGAAGGAGGUUUUUGAAGUUGUGAAGAAAGCAAGAUCAGGAUCAGCACCUGGACCGAGUGGUAUACCUUACAAAGUAUACAAGAUGUGCCCAAAACUUCUGAAACGGCUCUGGAGGAUUCUGAGGGUGAUUUGGAGGAAAGGGCAAAUUCCGGAAUGCUGGCAGACGGCAGAAGAGAUAUUUGUACCGAAGGAGAAGAACUCUGCGACCAUGAACCAGUGCAGAACCAUAUCACUCUUGAGUGUAGAAGAGAAAAUCUUCUUUGCCAUACUUGCCAGGAGGAUGACGAAGUACAUGACAUCGAAUGAGUACAUCGAUUCUUCUGUGCAGAAAGGAGGAAUUCCAGGAUUCCCUGGAUGUAUUGAACACACCAGCGCAAUCACACAGCUAAUUCGGGAAGCCAAGAUCAAUCAAGGAGACUUGACAGUUGUUUGGUUAGACCUGGCCAAUGCAUACGGUUCUGUCCCCCACCAGUUGAUUUUCAAGGCGCUGGAACAUUACCACAUCCCGGAUCACAUCCAGAAGAUCGUGAAGAGCUACUUCAGCAACAUCAGGCUCCGAUUCACGGUUAGGGAGAUAACAACAUCUUGGCAGGCACUUGAGAAGGGUAUUGUAACAGGAUGCACUAUAUCGGUCAUACUCUUUGUGAUGGGGAUGAACCUGAUCAUCAAGGCGGCAGACCGGGAGACUAGAGGACCCAAAACUUCAUCAGGAGUGCGAGUACCACCAAACAGAGGGUUCAUGGACGACCUGACCAUAACAACUACCACCCACGUGCAGGCGCGAUGGAUCCUGUCAGCACUCGAGGAAACAGUUGGAUGGGCAAGGAUGAAGUUUAAACCAAGGAAAUCUCGAUGUGUUGUGAUAAAGAAAGGGAAAGUGACCAGAAAGUUCAAGCUCUCGAUACAGCAGGAGGAGAUCCCAACAAUCGUAGACAAUCCAAUCAAGUGUUUAGGAAAGUGGUUUGAUGCUAGCCUGAACGACAGCAAGAAUAUCAAACGUUUGCAGAACCAGGUGGAAGAAGGUUUGAGGAGAAUUGACAAAUCAGGACGGCCCGGUAAAUUCAAAUCGUGGAUGUACCAACACGGGCUCCUACCACGCCUCACGUGGCCUCUAACCCUGUACGAGGUUACCACUACUACAGUGGAAAUCCUGGAAAGGAAAAUAAGCAAAUGUCUACGACGUUGGCUUGGAGUCCCCCCAAGUUUCACCAGUGUGGGCCUUUACAGCACCACAGGCAAAUUACAACUCCCAUUAUCAUCGCUGGUAGAAGAGUUCAAGGUGGCAAAGGUUAGGCUGGUGAUGACUGUUAGAGACUCCAAAGAUGAGAAGAUCCGGAAUGCUGGAAUUGAGACUCGAACAGGACGCAAGUGGUCAGCAAGCAGUGCGGUACAGGAAGCAGAGAGCAGGCUAAGGCACAGCGACAUCGUUGGGACUACCUGUAUAGGCAAACAGGGGUUAGGGUCAACGCGGGUGGAAAGGUGGGGAACAGCAGACACGGCUGGUAGGAGGAAGAUGGUUCAAGAUAACAUCAGGAAGAUGGAGGAAGAGAUCAGGAAGGUUAAAGCUGUAGAAAUGGGAGCACAGGGAGCAUGGACCAAAUGGGAGACAACGGAAAGACGUCUUACAUGGGCAGAUAUCUGGAAGUUGGAACCAUGUAGAAUCCAGUUCCUCCUGCGAUCAGUGUAUGAUGUCCUACCAACACCUACCAAUCUCCACCGAUGGGGGAUGACGGAAAACCCCAACUGCCCACUGUGUGACCAACCGGGUAACCUGGCCCAUGUAUUGUCAUCGUGCAACACCGCUCUGACCCAGGGGAGAUAUACAUGGAGACACAACAAGGUACUGCGAGAGCUAGCAGACACCCUUGAGAAGGAAAGGCAGAAAAAGAGGAAAUGUACCAAACAUCAACCGUACAUCAACUUUGUAAGAUCUGGAGAGACAACCAAUAAGAAAGCAGUGCACCAAGGAGGGAUACUGGAUGGAGCAAACAGUUGGGAGAUGCGGGUUGACUUAGGACAAAGACUAGUUUUUCCAGAGGUCGUCCAAACCAACCUUCGUCCAGAUAUCCUGCUAUGGUCACAGCAAGGGAAGAAAAUGGUAAUGAUUGAGCUAACUGUCCCCUGGGAGGAUCGAUGCCAAGAGGCUCAUGAGCGGAAGAAAGGGAAGUACGCCGAUCUUGCAGACGACGUGAGAGCAAAAGGAUGGAGUGUGUGGGUCUUGCCAGUAGAGAUGGGGUGCAGAGGGAUCCCUGCACAGUCCAUGUGGAGGAUGUUUUCUACACUAGGCAUCCAGGGAAGAGACCGAAGGGCAGCUGUUCAACGACUAUCAACAACAGCAGAGAAGUCGUCCAGCUGGCUUUGGUGGAGAAGAGAAGAUUUGAGCUGGAAGCCAUCCAUCGACGGGCAGUGA